UUUUUUCUUUUGCCCUUAACAUCUCCUAACAUAUAUUUAUGUUGGUUAUCAUCAGUCUCUCCCCAGACCCUGCUGACUAGAAAGUAAACUCUACAAGGGCACAGAUUUUUGUUGUUGGUUUUUCCUACUGCUGCCUUGUAUUCCCAACUGCCUUACACAUAGCAAGCACUCAGUAAGUGUUAUUUGAUUGGAUAAAUCAGGUUUAAUACAAAAUUUAGAAAAACAUUAAGUCACCUCCAAAUACUACACCAAAUCUACCCUAACAUGGGACAAAGGCUCCCAGUAUCCAGAAAGCCCCAGGUGGCAGGCUUAUGUCAUAAUCAGUGAUGUCAUCAUUGGGUAAAUUCUCAAACUGCCCUCUGAUUUAAGCCUCUCAGGCCCUGGAGCUGGUGGGACCAAGGACCUUCCCGAGGGCAGGAUGGCUCUUGACGGCAUGGGGGCUCCACAGGUGGUGACCACAGGGGAGGAGCCUGCCGAGAGGGUGGGUGGACAGGCCUCCCUGCAGACACAGGGCCUCCAGACUGCCUCCUUACAGGAUGGCCCAGCUAAGCGGGCCGUGUGGGUCCGCCGCAGCUGCUCAGGGCCACAAGAACCUACUGGGUCAACAGUUGUCAGGGCGCUGUCCAAGCCAGCGACCAAAGCAGUGGUUGUAGAUCUUGGCACAGGCUACUGUAAAUGUGGCUUUGCAGGGCUCCCAAAGCCCACCCAUAAUAUCUCAUCAACAGUGGGCAAGCCGUACAUGGAGACCGCCAAAACUGGGGACAAUCGCAAGGAGACAUUUGUGGGGAAGGAGCUUGUUAAUCCAGGGGUUCGUCUCAAACUAAUUAAUCCUCUGCGACAUGGCAUCAUCGUGGACUGGGAUUCAGUGCAGGAUAUCUGGGACUAUCUCUUCCACCAAGAGAUGAAGAUUGCCCCAGAGGAGCACGCAGUGCUGGUCUCAGACCCACCCCUGAGCCCAUACACCAACAGAGAGAAGUAUGCUGAAAUGCUGUUUGAAACCUUCAGCACUCCUGCAAUGCACAUCGCCUACCAGUCCCGCCUGUCCAUGUACUCCUACGGACGGACCUCCGGCCUGGUGGUGGAGGUUGGCCACGGCGUGUCCUAUGUAGUCCCCAUCUACGAGGGCUAUCCUUUGCCCAGCAUCACCGGACGGCUGGACUAUGCGGGAUCUGACCUGACAGCCUAUUUGAUGGGCCUGAUGAACAGUUUGGGGAAACACUUCACAGAGGACCAGAUGGACAUUGUGGAGGACAUCAAGAAGAAAUGCUGCUUUGUGGCCCUGGACCCCACUGAAGAGAAGAAACUCCCACCUACUGAGCAUACGAUCCUGUACACUCUGCCAGAUGGACAAGAGCUACAUCUAUGCCAGGAAAGGUUCCUCUGCUCAGAAAUGUUUUUCAAGCCUUCUCUGAUCAAAUCCAUGCAGCUGGGGCUCCACACUCAGACAAUGUCCUGCCUUAACAAGUGCGACGUCGCCCUCAAACGGGACCUCAUGGGGAACAUCCUGCUCUGCGGAGGGAGCACCAUGCUAAGUGGUUUCCCUGACCGUCUGCAGAAGGAACUGAGCAGCAUGUGUCCCAAUGACACCCCCCAGGUAAAUGUGUUGCCGGAAAGAGACACUGCCGUGUGGACGGGUGGCUCCAUCCUGGCAUCACUUCAGGGCUUCCAACCACUGUGGGUCCAACGCUUUGAGUACGAGGAAUAUGGGCCUUUCUUCCUCUACAGAAGGUGCUUUUGAACUGAUGACACAUGGUCGCUGUGGUGCCACACAUCAACGUUGCUCCGUGAGAGCCCAUUGUGCACAUAGGGAGCUGCCCCACAGUUCACUCCUAUAGUAUUAAACAAUCCUCAUGUUACCCUCCAGAGUACUUCUCUACUCCCUGACUUAAUGAGAACAACUUCAUAUAUGCAGGAUCUGCCUUAAAAUACACAUUUGCCAAAACAAAAGCCAGGAGAGGGGAGACAGACAAAAAAGUCAUGCAUUACAUGUUGACUGCUUAAACACCCUUGGAAGAAACUAGCUCAAAUUUUUCUGUCCCUUAUUUUGUGUAUAUCCCAUGUUAGAACUACUGUAUUAUUAAAAUCUGCUCAGAAUAGGUAGUGUGAUAAAGGUAAGAUUAUAGAGUAAAUGCUGUUGGGGCAUAUAAGAAGGUCCCUUUCAAUGAACACCAAGAGAAGUAUGCUGUAGGGUUGAUCUCCACACAGCAGCAGAGUACACUUUGUAUUUCAUUAGCAACUCUCAAGGCUUGGGAAGAGUAACAGAGGUGUCUGACUCCUGCCCUAACUGUACUUUUAGUCCCAAUAGUCACUUAUGUCUCAAUACCAGUUCUUAUCAAACCAUCAUGGUGACUGGCUUCUGAAACCUGGCAUAUUAUGAGCAAGGUAUGCAUAUCUCUCUCAAAAGGGCAACUCUUCAGAGAACAAGUGCUAUAUGGAUUUCCCCUUUUUAAAACCGGGGUCAGGUUUAUCCUGGGUUAUCAGCACUCUGGUCGUGAGGAUACAAGCCACAGUCAUUCUCUAGACACUCCAAGCAGCAGCUGCUUAUCUCUCACCUCACCGGA